UUUUCCACUUGGUAUUCAAUCCGGUACCCAGUUGCCAAACCAGACAGAACCACAAGCGGGAGAGCGAGCGAGGUAGCUGGACAGUGGGGAGAGAAAGAGAAGGGGAGAGACACACACAUUUGGGGUGUCUUCUCGUGGUUGAAGCUUGACUAAACAAAUGGAGAAGAGGAAAAAAGGGUCCUCCUUGGAACUGAGGCUGAUGGUGGUCGGCAGUAGCGGACCAUCUCAGUUCCAGCUGACCAACGCUAUCCUGGGAAGGGAGGAGUUCCCCAAGGACACUACAAGCGUCUCUGGCAGCCGGAAGAUUUUGGGGGAGCUGGCGGGGCGACGGGUUGCCGUGAUCAGCGCCCCAAACCUCUAUGAUAAGGACAUAUCUCGUGUCAAGAGGAAGAUGGAGCUGAGGAGGUCCAAGUGCCUGUCGGUGCCCGGGCCCCACGCCUUCCUGGUGGCCUUCGACAUGGAGAAAAUCUCGCCGAACGACAUCAGGACCCCGCAGCUCAUGAUGAAACGUUUUGGAAGACGCUGUUUUAGACACUGCAUCGUCCUGCUCGCCUAUGACAGGAACCCGGACGGUGCCGCAUUGGAGGGUACGGUGCAGAACAGCGACUGGCCCUUGAGGCAUCUGAUCGAGGACUUGGGCGGCCGCUUUUAUAUUUGUAACAAGGACUGGCGGGACCGCAGCCGCGAGCAGGAGCUCCUGCAGAAGAUCGAGUGGAUGGUGGCCUCCCUGGGCGGCGCCUGCUUCUCCAGCGGAACCUUCCAGAAAGCCGAGCGCAGCGUGAAGAAGGAGGAGAAGAGGCUCAUGAAGAAGAUGGCGGCGGAUAACGAGAAGGCGUGGAGUGACCUGGAGAAGAAGUACCUGUCGGAUGAGUUGUACCAGCGCAAAGACGCCCACACGGCCAGCGUGAGCGCCAAGAUUAGGGCCAAGGCGGAAGUGGACAACGGCUGGCUAAGGACGUCCCUGGCGAGGGGGGUGAGCUCGGGCAUGGUGGCAGGGGCCGUCAUGGGGGCCCUGGUGGGCUCUAUAGAGGGCCCGGGAGGGAUGGUGCUGUACGGCGUCAUCGGCGGGGCGGUGGGCGCGUCGGCGGGCGGUGCCGCUCAGGUGGCCACGAAGCACAUGGAGGACAGAGUGGCGCCUCCCGCCAGACUCAACUUCAACUCCAUCUUCAUCAAUCGCUUCUUCGCCACGCCGCGGCCCUGACAGCAGGCCCCAACAUUACGAGCACCUGCACAAUCUAAUGUCCUGCAAUGCUAAUGUUCUACCUCUUCCAAACAAUUCUGUUUGACUUUUAAAGUAUUAAAAUAUAAUUAAUAUUGAAAGUUUUUGUAUUCGAUUGUGUGGCUACACCUAAUGAACUGUCCUGCACGGG